GGCCCUGGAGAGAGGUGGCCGCGCUGCCCGUCCCGCGGGUCCGCGCAGUCCUUUCCGUUUUGGCGUUCUCCCCAACACUGGAGCGGGUAUUUCCGGGACUCCGGGGCUGCCGCUUACUCCGGCGCGCCGCCACUCUCAUAGGAGUCGCCCGGGCGGCAGAGGCCAUCCGACUUUCCAUCAGGCUUUCGCGCUCGGCGAUCCCUCAGUGACGGAAUGAAGGGAGUGGCGUUCUUGCUCGGAAGGACCCCGCCGCGGCCCCGGAAGCGUCUCGUCCAAGGCGGCGGUAGUGGUGGUCGCCGUGAUGCCUGCGGGGCUAGGCGGCUGACCGCCGGGCUAGGAGCGGGCCCUCGCACCGAAUCUCGGCGGCCAGUACUCGAGCGUGGCCUGCGCCAUGGCUACCUCCGCCGCCUCCUCUGAGCAUUUCGAGAAACUACAUGAGAUCUUCCGCGGCCUCCAUGAAGACCUACGACGGGUGCCGGAGCGGCUCCUGGGGGCUGCAGGAACAGAAGAGAAGAAGAAGUUGAUCAGAGAUUUUGAUGAAAAGCAACAGGAAGCAAAUGAAACGCUGUCAGAGAUGGAAGAGGAACUACGCUAUGCACCCCUAUCUUUCCGUAACCCUAUGACGUCUAAGAUUCGAACCUAUCGGAGGGACCUUGCCAAACUCCACCGGGAAGUGAGAAGCACACCUUUGACAGCCACACCUGGGGGUCGAGGAGACAUGAAGUAUGGCACAUAUGCUGUAGAGAAUGAGCAUGUGAAUCGGCUACAGUCUCAAAGAGCGUUGCUUCUGCAAGGCACUGACAGCUUGAACCGGACUACUCAGAGUAUUGAGCGUUCUCAUCGGAUUGCCACAGAGACUGACCAGAUUGGCUCAGAAAUCAUAGAAGAGCUGGGGGAGCAACGUGACCAGUUGGAACGUACCAAGAAUAGACUGGUAAACACAGGUGAAAACUUGAGCAAAAGUCGAAAGAUUCUCCGGUCAAUGUCCAGAAAAGUGACAACCAACAAGCUGCUACUUUCCAUCAUCAUCUUACUUGAGCUAGCCAUCCUGGGAGGCCUGGUUUAUUACAAAUUCUUUCGUAAGCAUUAAACUUCCCGCAGGGAAGGGUUUAUGGACCAGAACUUUAACCCUGUGAAUGAAUGGUGUUAGAGAUGUGGAAUAAGCGUAUUGCUGCUGUGAGCUAACAGUUCAUGGAUGCACUGUGUAGCCAAACUGGGAGGAGGGAGGAAAGACGGAAAACCAGUCAAAUGUGAAGGAACAGCAAGAAGACCAGUGUGAUAUACCAAGGUAAUAAAUGCUGUUUAUGACUUCUUUAAAUUUA